AUGGGACCCGAGAAGAAAYCCCCGGGAGUGACCCUCAACGACAGCCUCAUCAACACCCGGAGCCGACACACCAGGCUGCUGCCCACCACCUCCAUCCGCCUGGACCGGGAGAACAUCUCCUCCAUCGGGAAACUGAGGCAGCUGGUGGACAUCCACAGCCUCUACCUGCAGCAGAACCAAAUCGAGAAGAUCGAGAAUUUGGACUCUUUCCCCAACCUGAGGUUCCUGUGCCUGGCUGGGAAUCGCAUCCAGAGGGUGGAGAACCUGCAGCUCCUGUCCCACCUGCGCAGCCUGGACCUGUCCUACAACCAGAUCCGAGUUCCCUUGGCCAUAGGAAAUUUGCUUUUCCCUGUUUUUUUCCCCAGGGAUGUGGUGGUGGCAGCCCUGCCCCACCUCCUGGAGCUGGACUCGCAGCCCAUCCAGAGAAACGCGGCCGAGGAGAAGCCCAGGCGGGGCUUUUCCAGCAGCGAGGAGGAGGAUGAUGACGAUGAGGAGCUGUUCCCCGAGCCCAGGAGCCCCUUCAGCGCCGACAAAGAUUUCCUGGAGGAUCUGCACCGGGAGCUGGCCGGGCGCUCGCGGCGGCGGCGCAGGAUUUCCUGGAGGAUCUGCACCGGGAGCUGNUCAGGGUCGGCAUAG